AACCAAAACCAUGAAUUCUCAAAUUUGACAAAUGAAGCAAAUUUGCACUCCAAAAAAGAAAAGAAUUUCACAUAAUCAGUUAAGGAGGAAAGUGAAAUCAUGAGCCGCAGCAUGAACAAUUUCACACCUUUUCCAGGGCCAUGGCAAAGAAGUUUUAGAUCCUAUGAUGGCCACCCUUUUAGCAACCUUGAAUCCAGUGAGGUGCCUGUGAUUUAUAGACCUCGUUCUACUCAUACCAAUGAUGACAGGAAUUCAGGUUUAUCAGCUCAACAACGUUUUUGGGACUUCAUGACUCCCAUAGGAUUCCACAACAUACCAGAUUUUCCAGCACCACCACCUAGGAGACAACAUAUUCAUGUUCACAGUGGGGAUAGGGGAAGGCCCAGAGAGAUUUUCCUUCAGCCACCUUCAAGAUCCACAUUCCAAGCAAGCUCACAAGUUCCCCCUGCAGUAGAAAUUCCCAAAUCAACUGUUUUGAGCAAGCUUAAGAAAGUAGUCUAUGACCCUCCGCCAAGGCAGUAUGCUAGGAGGGUGGGCUUAUAUUAUAGAAAUAAUGCUUCAAAUUCAUUCAAAGAGAAGGAGAGAGAAAAGGAUGAAGAUGGUAAGAGGUGUGCUAUUUGCUUGGAGGAUUUUGAAGCCAAUGAAGAGGUGAUGCUCACUCCAUGCAAGCACAUGUUUCAUGAAGAUUGCAUAGUACCAUGGCUAACAAACAAAGGGCAGUGCCCAGUUUGUAGGUCUGUGAUUUGGGAGAGAGGGAGGGAAAACCCUUCAUCCUUCAACAGAAAUCACAUUGCCAAUUUGGCACCUAACAACCUGAUUCAUGCAGAGUUAUUGUCAAUUUUGAGGACCAUGGAAGACGCUUUUCCAUUUGACAGCAUGACUUAUUACUAAUAAACCCACAAGAAUUUCCUAGUGUUGGGAGCAGGAUUUAUUUUUAGGUUCCAAAACAUAUAUUAAGAAUGUUUUUUUGGUACAACAUCUUACUAUGACAUUUGAUAGGCAGAACUUGGGAUUUGUGAGGGAUAAUAGAAACCAACUUGUUAUCCAAUAUUAUUCAGAGUGUAGUAAUUUAAGUUCUGCUUACA